AUGAUUUCUUUCUUUGGCCUAUACUUUCUUUCUCUUUCUUUUUUCCUUCAAUUAACUAUACUUUUCUAUUUGCUUUCUUUCGAUCGACUAUUCUUCUCUUUCUUUCUAUCUUUCUUUCUUUCUUUCUUUCUUUCUUUCACUAAUUCUUUCUUAACCUUCAGCAUUUUCUCGCUUUCACCUUUCUUUCUCCUUAUUUUCUCUUUUUUGUUCUUUUCUUUCUUUUUUCUUUUCCCCUACUCUUUUCCACAUUUUUUUCCUAGUUCCUUCGAAUUCUUUCUUCCUCCUCUUUCAUCCUUUCAGCCAUUUUUAUGCCGCCUUUCUUUCUUUGUUUUUUUUAACUGUCUUCUUUCUUUCUUUCUUUCUUUCUUUAUUUCUUUUUACCUUUUUACUCGCGCAAAAGUUCCUUUUUCGCCUUUUCUUUCUCCAGUUUCAUCUUUUCCCCCUCUCCCUCGACCGUUAACGUAUCGCCACCAAGCAGAAGAUUACAUCUUUCCAACCGACCUUUCAACUAACCUGCCCGCUCGUGCGCCAGACAACAAUUCCAAAAUAAACAGCCAACUGGAUGGCUCACUGCACCGUUCGCCUCUCUGCACGCUUCUAACGGACAUUCUUUACACAUGCGCAGACCGACAAUACUUAUUCCGAACUCAGACAAUCGAUAUAAACAGACGGACGUGUCCAAUUUCGCUCUGA